UUUUAGGGUUUCACGACGGGUGGUUUGGUUGGGUUGGGUCAUCCAUCGAUUCGAUCCGGUUUAAUCGGACUUAAACCGAUCUGAGUAGCAUCCACUCCUCUCUCUUCAUCUGGGCACCAAUUCUGGUGUUCCCUGUUCUGAACACACAGAAAAACCCUGUUCUUGCGCAGAGAGAGAAGAGAAUUCUUCCACGCUCCGCCCUAAUACUGGACACAGAAAACCCUGCUCUUGCAGAGAACCCUGCUCUUCUCUCUUUCUGCUUCUCGACGAGCUCAACAGUAACGUGUUGAUUUUCGACCCGCGUUGGUUUGGAAAAGACCGAUCCUAGAAUCGAUAGAUAUGAGGUGAUUACCAAUCACGCAACUUAGAUUCUUGAAGGUUGAAAUCAAGGAGAGGCAUGGAGACAGUGGUGAAGAAGUACCAGCAGAAGUUUAGGAAAAUUAGGGAAGAAAUGAAUCGAUGGGAUGAGCUUCAAUCCCGAUUCCUUUCUCAGUUCAGAAACGCCUCUGCUAUCAUCGAGAGAUUACAGGUACUGCAAGAGCCCAAAAAUUAUGGCCAGUUGACAUGUGUCAAUGGCAUAAAGGAGGCAAUUUUGGGGAAGCAGAUGGAAUCUCUGCAAACCAUUUUGGUUUCUAUGAAGAAAACACUUGAAGAGUUUCAUGGUAUCAUUGUGUCUCUUGAAAAGAUUCUUCGGGAUGGAAGACAACUGGUGAAAGGGGGUUCGAUGUCACCUGGCACAAAUCAAAUGCAAUUGCGAAUUGGGAUACGGCCAAGUCUAGCAGAUUGUUUGGAGGGGCUUAGACUUAUACAUGAGAUGCACCACUCAGAGUAUCAGCUCAAAUUAUCAACAGUUUCAGCACUCACUCUGAAACUCAGUGCGAGUGAUCUAGGGGCGCUCCAUCAACUGUUGGUUGAUCAACCUAAUAUUCCCAAAGACGAAGUGAAGUCCAUUUUUGACAUCAUAUUGGCUGAAGAAAUAUGUUGAAUUUUAUGCCUUGUCCAAUUCCUUGCCAGUUUGGGGUUUGUGACUGCUGGGAAGCUUGUUGAGGAAACAUACAGAAGAAUUCUGUUUGGUUUUAAUUGCCGGUCGAGUGCAGCAGUAAUAUUGAAGUCCGUAAAAUGGACUUCACAUUAAUAACGUUAUUGCAUUAGGAGCAGUGUCAAAAUUCCUUGACUGUAACAGGAUUCAUCUCUUCUAUAUUUGGAGAAAAAAUAGAUGGUUUUGACGCUUUUCUUGCGUUGGUUUUUCAAUCUGUUAUGGUCCAACAGAUCGCCUUUUUGUAUACACACUGUUUUUCUUAUAAAUUCCAGGGGAUGUAGGUCUAUCGAAAAGAUGGUGAUGAUGCCCAAGGUCCAUUGUUUUUAUAGAUUGUAUUUGACCUGUUAUUAUCUUGUUUCCAAUGCAUCAAUUAAUGUCAAUUGUGAAUAAA